AUCGUCAGGGCGGUUCGGGUAGCCGAGCUGCAGGCAAGAUCGGUUUUGCGUCGGCGCGGUUCCCAAGCUCGCAACGUUGCCGGCUUUUCGAGUUCGACGGCUACCACGAGGAGAAGCCAGACUCGGCUCGAACGGAUCUCACAGUCGGUUUUUGUCUUUGACACGCGACGGACGACGCUGGUCGAUGCACGAGUGUGUCAUGUGACACGCGAGAAACAAGAGUAGAGAGAGAGAAAUAGUAGUAACACCGUCUCUGUCGUCUGCAGCACGAUUGACAGGGUCGUUUAACAACAAAGAUAACUACGCAUCGCACAUCUAAAAAGAAAAAGAAAAAGGAAAGGGAAAAUAGAGUGUGAUUGUGUGCGUGCGUGCGUGAUUGGAUGCGUGUGUGUCCGUUUGUAUGCGAUAUAUUCAUUUUCUAAUGCGUACUUGCGCGCGCGAGUGCUCCUCGUACCGGUUGUUACCGAGUGCAGCAGCCGUUCUAUGCUGGCGGAUUCCCUACCCGUCCAAUUUCGGAACUUUGUAAGUCAUGGUUUCAUCAGAGCGCGCACAAUUAUGUUACCGGCUCGACACGGCAAUAGCAGCAACACCACUGCCACCGCCACCACCGCCAACACCAACAAUCUCAACAACUUCCUUGGCGAAUCCAUAAGACAUUGGGUCAGAUAUUUUGCGAACGGUUAAAGAAGCCCGCCCCGCUUAUCCAGCCCCGUGACACGUUUGCUUCGGCAUUGUCCGUGUUCCUCUUUCGGUAGGUACAAUAUAACACACAAAGAAGACACGUAUGCCGUCGAAGAAAUUCGAACGGCGAGAAAUAAUUACCGCUUGUUCGUAUUUCCCUCUAACCGUCACAAUUUCUACAUUCGCACGAUCUUUUUACGAAGCGGAAACUAAAAGGACGAUAAGAGAAAUGCGUACGUGUGAUGAUUCGUGAUCGAGCAAUACGAGUCAUCAUAGAAGAGAAGAGAAUCAGUCGUUGCGGGUAUCGCGAAGACACAUCAGGACAUGGGAGUUCUUGGUUGUAUGCGUGGAUAUCGUCAUAUUACAGGUAAUAGGAAUGAGGAAACGGAUUUCGACGUGGGACUCGUGGUGGUGGUUAAUCGUUCUUCUGAUUGUGGUACACGUUACGGAUACGUCGUCGUCGGGCUCGGGGUCAACGUCGUUCAGAACAUCAGCCUCGUUGAAUUUGGAAUGUGCCACGGGUUGCCAGUGCCUGGACGAUGGAAGGAGCUUACUAUGCCAGGAACGAAGUUUCCUGGGGCUCGGUUUGCCGAAACUGGCUACGAAUGUUGUAUUGAGAGACGUCCGGGCCGCUACCAUACCCGUCGCUGCACUCGAAACUUCGACUCGUUUGAAGAGUCUCGUUUGGACAUUGAGCGGGAUCGAGCGGCUCGAAUCCGGCGUGUUCCUCGCGACCACGUUACUCGAGCACCUCGAUUUAGGUGACAAUAGACUGACGGAAUUGCCGUCGGAUGUCUUCCAUCCAUUGCACCAACUACAGUACCUGAACCUCACCGGCAACCAGUUGAACGUCCUUCCGCGGGCGUUGUUUCAAGGCUUGGAUCACCUCGAAGAGAUUGGAUUGUCGCGAAAUCGACUGUCGGUACUUCCUUAUCAGACGUUCGCCUCGACCAAGGCACUCGCUCGUUUGAACCUGUCCGGAAAUCUGCUGGUCUCUCUGCCAGAUCACAGUUUCAGACCGAACGCACAACUCGAGCAACUCGAACUAUCCUCCAACAGGCUCACCAAGCUUCCACCCCGUCUGUUCUCUGGCCUCAACCGGUUGAAGAUCUUAGAUCUGGCCAACAACGAGAUCGACACGAUACCUCGUAGUCUCUUCGCCGAUCUCGACUCGUUGCAACGGCUCGAUCUAUCCGGAAAUCCUAUCGGUCACAUGAGCAGCGCGACCUUUCAAAGCUUAUCGAAUUUGCGAUGGCUAAGCCUGAAGAAUCUACCGUUCACGGUGCUUCCACAAGACAUAUGGCGACCUGUGAAACAGCUACGCACUCUGUUGCUAUCCGGAUCGAAGUUGGAGAUCCUCCGUAACGAUGAUCUAAAAGGGUUGGACAAACUGGAGAGCCUGGAGGUGAACAAAAGCCCGUUGCGAGAGAUAUCUCGACGCACCCUUGAUCGUACACCGGUGCUUCGUAAACUCGAUCUAAGUGACAGCAAUCUCACCUUCCUUCCCGCUAACGUGGCGCAGCUGGCGUUUUUAACCGAGCUGCAGCUGCAAGGGAACCCAUGGGCCUGCGACUGUCGCAUGUUCUGGUUCGUCAAGUGGGCCGAGAGCAAGGAACACCUUCGAACCGCCUUCCAAAGCGGUUUCAGAUGCGGCGACGAUAUCGACGCAACCGCCGAUAUCCUUCAAACUCUUCGUUAUUUGAAAUGUACACCUCCGUAUCUGACGUACGCUACGCCCACACAACAAUAUCUGUUGUUGAACUCGGUGCUCCUCGACUGCGAGUUCAACGGCAAUCCUACGCCAUCCUUAACAUGGGUCACGCCGACACUUAAGGUACUGCAUUGGAAUCCUGAUCCAGCUUUUCCCGACGCUUUUGUCGAACAUCCUCCCGUACACGGAUGGGAACAAAGUGUGCCGUUCGUUGACGAUGGUCGCGUACGCAUCCUUGAGAAUGGAUCUUUGUACAUCACGGCGUUGCUCAGGCAGGAUGUUGGACAAUACAAGUGUUUCGCAGUCAAUCCGAUUGCCAAUGCCACUACCUAUAUUAGUUUGCAGAUGAAUCCAAUAACGUUACACAAAAUCAAAAUCAUCAGCAUCCUGGUAGGCGCUGCCUGUGCCACGGCCUUUCUUCUGUUAACCCUCCUCUUGCAGUUGGUCUAUUGUAUUCUUCUCAAAUGCGGCUGUCUGAAGUGGUGUUUCUGCUGCAGACGAGUCGGUUCUACGCCCAGAGGGAAACAAAUCUAUCAGAUGUUGGAUAAUAUCGAGCAAUACAAGAGCCAGCAACUCGAAAGGCUGCGUGAAAAUUAUACUCAACAAGUGCACAGGAUAAAAGAAAACUGUGCCCAGCAAGUGGAAUGGAUUCGUGAUAGUUACGAAGGUCAAAUGAGGCACAUUAGAGACAUAAGAGACUAUGGGACAACUCACCUUACGGCGCUAAGAGACCAAUAUUACGAUCAGGUGAGAAAAGUAAGGGAUUACUCGACCGGUCAGCUGAAUUGGGUUCGAGAAAACUAUGUCUUCCAACGUAACAAGAUUAGAAAGUUCAGCGCUCAUCAGGUUCUGAGACUUCGCGAGAGUUACAAGUAUCAGCAGCAAACGUUGAACAAGGUCCUAGAAAAUCUACCGAAUCUCUAUUUCGACAAUUGUCGAAGCGGUUCCUGCGGGAAAAGCGACUCGAUGGUGUUCAAUGCGAAGGAGGAAGGCGGUACCUACUUCAAGGCGAAGAUCAACGACCUGGUGAUCGGUACGAGCACAGAGGAUGUGAACAGCGAGUAUUACACGCCUACGGAACUUUCCUCAGUUAGCCCGCACGGUGGUAACGCGUUGGAAGGAAUCCAUAUAAAUUAUAUCGAGGAAAUGUGUUCAUCGAUUCGAAUGGAUCCGCUGUCGGCGAGCGACAUCAUUCCACCGAACGCGAUCAUUCUGCACAGUAUCGAGGAGGAUGGAAGUUCCUCGUCGGUUUACAAAGACGCAGACCACGCCAAGCCAUUUUACAGAGGCUUCAGCGCCGAAGCGUUAGCCAAAGAGCCUAAAGGAAGUGCAGAAAGUCUUGGUCUUCUUGUACCUAGUAACAGUUUACCGGAACUACCACGUGAAACCAAACUUUAGAGACAAGGCUGUAAACGACAGCGUCGAAAGGGUACUAAUCUCCACCACUUCUCGAUCUUUCUCUCUCUCCCCCUUUAUACAAUACACAGCAGGAAUACAAUUAAAACGAGAAUUGAACUGCCACCGGAUCAUUAUGCGAGUAAAAGCAAAAAUAUAAUAUAGAAGUGCCUCUAACACCGGUAAGUGGGAAUACACAUUCGUGACGUGGUACCUUUAUCUCUCGUGAAACUCUGUGUUUCUUUCUUUUAUUUUUUUUUUCCUUCUUUUUCUUUGUUUGCUCAAUAAUCUAUGGAAACGAUGAGAGAAAGAAGAUCGCCUACGAGAAACCAGGAGAGACAUAGAACGUCUCUCCCUACCGGCAUCGAUGGAAUCUGUCGAUCGAUCCUGUGUGCGUGUGUGUAUUACUUCAAAGAGAAUAAAAUGAAAAGAAGAAAAGGUAAAAAAAAAAAGUGGCGGACAGCUUCCAAGGACUUUGGUCGUGACCAGGUUAACGACCUUGCAACCUGUCCGCCCUUACGCUUCGCGCUUUUCAUCGCGAUAGUUAUCAUCCUCGACAUCGAUGAUAAUAACGAGAUGGUUUUUCUUAAAAACGAUUGCUGGAAUGAUACGCGAGAUGUCGUAAUGUUAACUGUCAACUGUUUUAACGAACGAUAAGUCGCGUGGAAAAAAAAAAAUGAAAAAGAACAGACACGAGUGAAGCGGGAAUAAAAAUGUGUCCGUUGGACGGUUUAGCUGAAAUUGUCAAUUUCAUCGGAAAUUAAAGAAAAUGAUUUUAAUGAAAUCAUAAUCCUCCGACUCUCGCGUCAAUAUUCUCCUGUAAAUAAGUGUUUGCGAACGAUUUGUGACCAGUUUGUGACAAUUUUUUUCUAUGAAAAGACUGAAUCGACGAACGCGUUUUGUCCGACGAUAUAUCCAUUGAUCCGAUGUCCGACGAUAACUGAUGAUGUACCGUUUGCCGUACCAUUUAGGUAAACUUUGUUAUUUUCUUGUUCACUUUCGAUUUCGAAAGAUCCAAGUAGCCGGACAUCCGGGCAAACGGUUACCCUUUCCAACAUCUGCCGCUCAUUUUAAACUCUUCCCUGUUCGAUACAAUGCAAAUUGUCCGAAGUAUGGAAAUAUACAGAUUUGAAAUUCUA